CCAAGCAGCUUCUCAGAAGCUUCGAUCCAGUCCCAGCCCUGCCACGGGGACGUCCGGGGAGGAGGGACGGGCAGCACCAGGUCAAUUUUUGUUUUGUUUUUAGAAAGUGGAGUAAUUGUUUUCUCUCCACCACAGCCCGCGCGUGCUUGGGAAGUGAGCUCUGAAUAGAGGGAGAGGAUUUGUAAAUAUUCUGCUCCUGCCUGCCUGGCCCAGCAGAGCGGUCACGGGCAGAAAGUGAAAGUGGGAGGUGGUGGCGGGGUAAAAAGCGAACCGCCUACCGCCCGCCGCAGCCGGCGGCUGUUCCUGCGCCCUCUUCCUCCAGGCUGGCGAGUUGCCAGCUGCCCGAGCCCUGCGCCGGGCAAGCGGCGAGGCGCACGGCCAUUUCCUGGUUCUCGGCGACAGAGCUUUCCCUGGGGAGUGCUGGCCGCGGCCCCGAGUGGAGUGGUUGGUUCGGCACCAGCGGGCCGGCUCCAGCGUCUGCCUGGCUCUCCGUCCGCCGCUGGUGGGCCCUGUUCUCCUCGGGAGAGCGGCUCUCAUCCAGUGGGUCCAGGGGGAGCUGGGCCGGGUCGGGAGUGGGGGGGGGGGGGUCCACCGCCCACCAGCGAGCGGCUGCAUCUGGCCGCUUGCUUCAAGCCUCUCUGCAGGUCGCUGGAUUUUCGGGGCGGUCGUGUGGGUGGGUGUGUGAGUAGCCUGGUCCGCCUUUCCCGUCUCCCCACGUGAUGGUCUAGCUGUAAGGCGACAGAACCCCCCGGCAGGGCCCACAGACCCUGCAUUAGCAGGGCCGUAUCUAGUCAGCAUUCCUUGCUUCCGAAGGAGACUUUAGUGAAUUGUGGCAGAAAGCAGUGUCCUGCUGGCCGUAUUCCUGCCUGCUGGGAACUUGUCAGGGGAGCCCCCUGCUUGGGAGCCCGCCCGCCGUCCCACCCGAGGCUCUGCCCCCUGGUUGCGGCAGGUGUCAGAGCAGCGCGCACUGCCCAGUGUGCUUGGCUCGGGGCUGCUGGUAGGUGCCCAGGUGGUGAGUGGCUUGUUGCGUCCCCUCAGCCACCCCGCCCCGCCCAUGGUGAAUCCCUUUGGCACCUGCACCCCUGCUCCGGGUGCCUGUGGUCCUGCCUCUGAGAAGCACGGGCCUCUUAAAGGCAAAGCGUCACUUUCUGGAUCUGGAGCGGAGAUGACGGUUACCUGUGUGGGGGUGUCUGUCCAGAGGCCGGAGGCUCUGCUGUGUCAGUGCUGUGGGUGCUGCCUGACUGGGCCCAGACAUGGGAUGUCGCACCUCGGCGGGGAGCACAGAGGAAGCCAGGGCCUCGCUGAGCUGCUGCCGUGACGGCCAGUGAGCGAGCAGCCGGAGGAUGUCCACCACGACAACGGUCGCCCCUGCGGGGAUCCCGGCGGUCCCGGGCCCCGUGAACCCGCCCCCGCCGGAGGUCUCCAACCCCGCCAAGCCCGGCCGUAAGACCAACCAGCUGCAGUACAUGCAGAACGUGGUGGUGAAGACGCUCUGGAAACACCAGUUCGCUUGGCCCUUCUACCAGCCCGUGGACGCCAUCAAGCUGAACCUGCCCGAUUAUCAUAAGAUAAUAAAAAACCCAAUGGAUAUGGGGACUAUUAAGAAGAGACUGGAGAAUAAUUAUUAUUGGAGCGCGAGUGAAUGUAUGCAGGACUUCAACACCAUGUUUACAAAUUGUUAUAUUUAUAACAAGCCCACAGAUGACAUAGUGCUCAUGGCCCAAGCCUUAGAGAAAAUUUUUCUGCAGAAAGUGGCCCAGAUGCCCCAGGAGGAAGUUGAGUUAUUACCCCCUGCUCCAAAGGGCAAAGGCCGGAAACCAGCUUCGGGAACCCAGAGUGCAGGUACGCAGCAAGUGGCUGCCGUGUCCUCUGUCUCCCCGGCAACCCCCUUCCAGAGCGUCCCCCCCACGGUCUCCCAGACGCCCGUCAUUGCUGCCACCCCUGUGCCAACCAUCACUGCAAACGUUACGUCGGCCCCUGUCCCCCCGGCUGCCGCCCCGCCCCCUCCCGCGACGCCCAUCAUCCCCGUGGUCCCUCCCACGCCGCCCGUUGUCAAGAAGAAGGGCGUGAAGCGGAAAGCAGACACUACCACGCCCACGACGUCCGCCAUCACCGCCAGCCGCAGCGAGUCACCCCCGCCGCUGUCGGACCCCAAGCAGGCCAAGGUGGUGGCACGGCGGGAGAGCGGGGGCCGCCCCAUCAAGCCGCCCAAGAAGGACCUGGAGGACGGCGAGGUGCCCCAGCACGCGGGCAAGAAGGGCCGGCUCUCGGAGCACCUGCGGCACUGCGACAGCAUCCUCAAGGAGAUGCUGUCCAAGAAGCACGCGGCCUACGCCUGGCCCUUCUACAAGCCGGUGGACGCCGAGGCCCUGGAGCUGCACGACUACCACGACAUCAUCAAGCACCCGAUGGACCUGAGCACCGUCAAGAAGAAGAUGGACAGCCGUGAGUACCCAGACGCACAGGGCUUUGCAGCCGACAUCCGGUUGAUGUUCUCCAACUGUUACAAGUACAACCCCCCCGACCACGAGGUGGUGGCCAUGGCCAGGAAGCUGCAGGACGUGUUUGAGAUGCGGUUUGCCAAGAUGCCGGACGAGCCGGUGGAGGCGCCCACGCUGCCCGUGCCCGCGGCCCCUGUGGUCAGCAAGGGCGUGGAGAGCAGCCGCAGCAGCGAGGAGAGCUCCACGGACUCAGGCAGCUCGGACUCGGAGGAGGAGCGGGCCACGCGGCUGGCGGAGCUGCAGGAGCAGCUGAAGGCUGUGCACGAGCAGCUGGCCGCCCUGUCUCAGGCCCCAGUGAACAAGCCAAAGAGGAAGAAGGAGAAGAAGGAAAAGAAGAAGAAGGACAAGGACAAGGAGAGGCACAAGGCCAAGUCCGAGGAGGACAAGAAGGCCAAGGCGGCCCCACCCGCCAAGCAGGCCCAGCAGAAGAAGGCUCCCGCCAAGAAGGCCAACAGCGCGACUGUGGCUGGCAGACAGCCGAAGAAGGGCGGCAAGCAGGCGUCGGCCUCCUAUGACUCGGAGGAGGAGGAGGAGGGGCUGCCCAUGAGCUACGAUGAGAAGCGCCAGCUCAGCCUGGACAUCAACCGGCUGCCGGGGGAGAAGCUGGGCCGCGUGGUGCACAUCAUCCAGUCGCGGGAGCCCUCGCUCAGGGACUCCAACCCCGACGAGAUAGAGAUUGACUUUGAGACGCUAAAACCCACCACUUUGCGGGAGCUAGAGAGAUACGUCAAGUCUUGUUUACAGAAAAAGCAAAGGAAGCCAUUCUCCACGAGCGGGAAGAAGCAGGCGGCCAAGUCGAAGGAGGAGUUGGCUCAGGAGAAGAAGAAGGAGCUCGAGAGGCGGCUGCAGGAUGUCAGCGGGCAGCUGGGCAACAGCAAGAAGCCUGCCAAGAGAGUUUCAGGGUCCCACGCCUUCCCAGCCAAUGUCACACGCUCACAAGACAGACCCGGCGAGGCUGGGGACUCAACACGUGUUGUCAUUCUGCAACCCACCGAAUGCAGUUUGGUGUCUGGUAUUCAGCGAUACUGGCCUGGUGGCUGCAAGAAAGAAAUUCCUUUAGGACUGUUGUGGAGACUCCAUGGUUUUCUUGACCAUGACCUGAGCCGAGGCUUCAAAGUCCUGAGAUUUCCUUUCUUUGUGAAACUCUCCUAGGGCUCAGAAACAGCCAUCCCACACCACAGUCCUGGGGCCACCACUGCUGUCAUACGGUCAAGGGUAUCGGUGCCCCUGAGACACCUUCUCUGUCCACCAGCAGCACCGCAGGGAGUAGUUUGCUUAAUGGCAAUGCCACGGCUGGCCUGGGGUCACCAGAAUCCCACUUCUCAAUCGUGAGGAGCUCGUUGCCCUGUCCAAGCUCAAGCCCGUGACCAACCCAUUCCCCAAACUCCACAUUUGAAAGUCGGCUUCCUGAGACCCUGCCUGGUACCAAUUCAGGUAUCCGUCAAGGUCCCACAAGGAAACAGAAACCAUGCCAGUUCUUUGAAUAAAGAAACUUUAAAAUAAACAAUUGCUGGGGACUUCCCUGGCGGUGCAGUGGUUAGGACUCCACACUUUCACUGCCGAGGGCGCGGGUUCAGUCCCUGGUUGGGAAACUAAGAUCUCACUAGCCACGCGGCGCAGGCAAAAAAUAAAAUAAAUACAUAAAUAAAAUUAAAAGCAUAAAGAAGCGUUGACAGUGUAAAGCCGUCAACCAGAUCACUGAACGCAUUGAACUCUAAGCAUGGGGAAGGCAGCAACUGCUGGAAGCGACCCUCCCCCCAUCCUGCCCCUGGCUAAGGACUGAGGGAACAGAGCUCAGAGGUAGCCCGGGGGAGCUCUGUGGAGGGGGCGGUGCUGGUUCUGGAGGAGCGGCCUCCUGGGCCCAGACCCGGACGCAGAUGGGUGAGGAGGGUCUGGUGGUGCUGUCCCGAGGCCGGAGGCUAGCCCUGCAAAAUUGCUGCUGCCGGGGCGAAGAAUCAGGGCUGGGGCUGCCUCAUCAACUCUUGGUUUACCCUGAAAUACAGUUCAUACAGGAAAGGCAGAAUAAAUGCUUCAUUCUUUCUCUUUACCUAUCAGUUUUCAGAAUAAUGUGUCAGUGCUCUAUCAACUUCCAAAGGGACUU